CUGCCCUGUAUGUUAUUAUAGGACGGUAUAAACCGUCAAUGCUUUUGCUUCCAAAUGAAACAAGAUGAGGUCAAGGGUUUUACUGAUAUUGGUUAGAUAUGAAUAUCCAUGAACGACCUUCAUUCGUUGUUUUAACCAUCAGACCACGUUUGCUAAGUUCUUAAGUAAACAGUGUUGAGAAGUUGUCCCAAUUCGAUGAUAUAUUAACAAGAUACAAAUCAUAUCUUGGGCUCUGUUUUUUCUGUUUGAUCGAAAUUUCAAUCUUGACAGUUUUGCUCUGUGAAUUGUGAAACCUCAACACCGACCAUAUCUUUCGAUUUCGCAACGUGAUAAAGUAAUAUUAAUUACUAUGUAAUACUGGGGAAACGUAUUGAAAUCAAUGUAAAAGACAUGCACUGACCGUACUCAAUAUUAGUUACUUAACACAAUGCACAUACAAAUCAUCCGGAACGUAAACUGUAACACCAAUGAUAAGGAAUAGUCCCGUGAGUAUGAAUAUGUUAUUAAAGACUAUAAAGACUUGUCUGUAAGUGUAAAGCUGUACGUUUGUGGAUGCUUAAUUAACCUACUUUCUCAUCUUCAAAACAAUUGACCAACUAAAGUCACCACCUUGACCCCUUGUUUUAUAUCCGGACACUUACGAAACACAUGGAUUGGACAUUGAUAUCUAUAUCAGUGGACAACAAUUAUCACAACACUGCGUACUGAACCUAUGGUGGCUGAUUUCGGCCAUAACGCGUUAUCGCAGUUGUGGUGGCGCCAACGUGACAACUCCCGCCAGGCUCAAUGCAACAGCCUCUUCCCAGCCUUCAACGACACACCCGUGGGGACGUCGACCAAAGUUCUGCUUUCUAUUCCUUUUCGUACCAGGUUGUUGGGGAGUAUGCCGGUUAUAUCUGUCUAUAACUUAACAGGAACAUAGUCAGUCUACAGCAUCAAUAGUAUUUACAGUACGGCCUUUUGUCUAGGUCGUGAACUUUGUAUUGGUAUUUAGACGGUAUAUUAACACACUAUCCUCCAAUUUAUUGUAAGUCACAAAACUAUUACAUAACCAUGCUAUCACCUUUAUCCCGUGUAUAUAGGUGAACAGAUAAAGCUCUAUACAGGUGUGACCAGGUGUUACAGCCACAGGUAUAUACUGUAUGUAAUCAUCUGGAUCCUGGCCGUCUUAAAGGGCUUUCAAGAUGACUAAGACUGUGCUGGUGGUAGGGGCCGGAGUUUCCGGAUUGGCGGCGGUCAAGCACUGUCUGGACGAAGGAAUGGAACCAAUAUGCUUCGAGAAGGAUACGGACGUCGGUGGACUGUGGAAUUAUCAUAAGUGGUCAAAAGAUGGCGACCCAAGCCUAUACAACUCCUGUAGUAUCAACACCAGUAAGGAGAUGACGUGUUACAGUGACUUUCCAAUCCCAAAGGAGUUCCCAAACUUUAUGGGGCACAAACACUUCAAAAAAUACCUCCAACUUUACGCAGACAACUUCAAUUUGAGAAAGCAUAUCAACUUCAGCCAUAGUGUAGAUAACGUUAAGAAAGCUGACGACUUCGACAAGACUGGAAGCUGGGUAACGGUAGUCAAGAAUUUAGAAUCGGGAAAGUCGCGAAAAUUGAGGACGAAUUAUGUUAUUGUGUGUAAUGGACACCUUCAUAUACCACACAUGCCAACAAUGGCCGGACUGGACAAGUUCAAGGGCAAGGUCAUGCACACCCACGACUACAAGGACUUCCGGGGGUUCGAAGGGAAGAGAAUCCUGGUGGUGGGGAUUGGUAAUUCGGGAUCGGACGUUGCCUGCGAACUGAGUCGUCAUGCCGAACACGUUUACAUGUCCAGUCGGCGCGGGACCUAUGUGAUCCAGAGAGCAGCUGACCACGGCGUUCCUUUUGACCAUCUCGCCCUCAACCGGUUUUCCAUGAAACUACCAUGGACUCUUAUGCGGCCAAUGUUCUUCCAUCGCCUAAACCGACGCUACAACCAUGCCAACUAUGGCCUCUCACCGAACAAACGCUUUGACGCAAGUGCCCUGACAAUAAGUGACGACCUUCCCAACAGGAUCUUACUCGGUACCAUCAACAUCAAGUGUAACGUGAAGGAGUUCACAACCGACGGCGCCAAAUUUGAAGAUGGUACAGAACUGAAGAACAUUGAUGUCGUCAUCCUGGCAACUGGGUUCAAUUUCGACUUUCCAAUUCUAGACGAUGACAUAAUCAAAGUUGACGGCCAUUUUCCAUACUUGUACGAGCUUGUGUUUCCUACAAAUUUAAACCCGUGCACACUUGGUGUUGUUGGCUUGGUUCAACCGUUUGGUGCGCUGCCACCGAUAUUAGAAAUGCAAGCCAGGUGUAUAACAAGAGUAUUUAGCGGGAAAUGUGAGCUACCCAGUGCCUCUCAACGACUCGAACUCGUGGAGAAACGUAAGGCUUUCAUCACACGUAACUUCAUCGACUCUCCAAGAUACAGCCUGCAGAUUUACUCAAUCCAGUACAUGGACAGACUGGCUUCAAUGAUCGGAUGUAAACCAGAUUUAUUGAAAUACUUCUUCUCUGACCCAAAACUGUGGUACAAGAUAUACUUCGGUCCAGCUACGCCUACACAGUGGCGCCUCAAUGGUCCCGGCGCAUGGAAGGGCGCAAAGCGCGCCAUUGAGACAGUGAAAGAGCAUACCUAUUUCCCGAUGAAAACGAGAAGGUCAGGCGAUGGGGAAAUGGAGGGGCUUUACGACGGCUGGAUCCAACUCUUCAAGAAAACUUGUUUUGUAGUGUUCAUUCUGCUGUUUGUAAGAUACCUGUAUGUAAAUGGAUUCGUCAAAAGUUUUGUGAAAUCUGCAUAACUGUUUUUGAUCAUGGCGACUCAAAGCAAUGGCACCGUUUGCAUCAGUUAUCAUACACGAAUGUCAUUAUUUCAGCACUAAAACUGACACGAGAUGGUCGGGUCGUUUACAUUAAUUCAAUUUCCUUCGACGAGAAGUCGCAAAGACAGGACUAUGGCGUUUUUUUCGUCACCGUAAACAUUGUGCUCAAUUAACCAACUUGAUAUAUAGUUAGACGUGAUCUAUUUCGAAUACUGACAAAAAACCAACAAAAAACAAAAAAAAAACAAAAAAAAAACCAAAAACGGUUUCCACAGAUGCACACUGCAUGUAUGUGAACCAAUGGGGGAAAGUUUCGAACUGCUCUAUUUCCAGAACAAGAAGACGUGUUAGAUGUGUGUUGCGUGUAGUGGUUCCGUUUCCACCAUCCUGGGUAUAGUAUGAUAACAAGACAUUGUCAUCCGUAAGGACUAAUGUGACUCGAUUAAGAUUUCCAUGGCGGGUGUCGUCAAAAAAGCACCUGCGGAUUAAGGAUGCCUAGAAACCGGACUGUUUUUGCUCUAAGUUAAAUAGUGAACAAAGCAGAAGGUGCAUACCGUUCGGAACACCUUGCACUAAGUUAAGCUUAUUCCAACCAAACCUGGCACAGAGUUACAUUGAGACCUUGAAAUGACCUUUAAGUUUUUAAAUACAUUUUUCGUGUUUUUCGUAACUUUUACAAAAUACACACAUCUUCUGACAUAGCGGAACAUAUAGUGAUCCCCAUGUGUUGACGGAAUCAAGCUAACAGUUGUUAUCGGUACACCUUCAUAUAACGCGUGUCAUGUUUAGACGAUAACGUCAAAUCGUGCCACAUUUUAUUAUGCAUUAAUGUAUAUAUAGCAUCAGGACGCCCUUUUCAAGCAGCCUUACAAAAUGGGUUGUUAAAUUGUUCAUAUUCUUUAUAAACAUCAUUAUCUCACAAAGUCUGGAAGGACUUUGAUAUUUAUGUUGUUCAUAUGUCAUUCGUCUGUGUUCUAUUCGGAAUACGAGGGGCAGCAGACCGAGAGGAUAACAACGAUACACCACCUCGGUCUAUACUUUCCUUUUGGAAUGGAACGAUCAUGAGGUACAUGUACAUGUUAGCCUUAGAGUUAAAGACAACACAUAGACAUGGCCCAUCUCGUCUGCGUGUUCAGAACUAUUACUCCUUUGGGGUUAAAAGUCAAUUUCGUCUGCAUUGUCAGAAAUGCUUCUCUCCUAGGGUUAAAGGUCAAUCCGGUUCGUAUGAUCAGAAAUGUUACUCUCCUAGGGUUAAAGGUCAAUCCCGUCUGUAUGGUCAGAAAUGUCAUACUCUCCUAGGGUUAAAGGUCAAUCUCGUCUGCAUGGUCAGAAAUGUUAUACUCUCCUUGGGUUAAAGGUCAAUCCGGUCCGUAUGAUCAGAAAUGUUAUACUCUCCUAGCUAUAGGGUUAAAGGUCAAUCUCGUCUGUAUGGUCAGAAAUAUUACUUUCCAAGGGUUAAAGGUCAAUCUCGUCUGUAUGGUCAGAAAUGUCACUCUCCUGGUUUUCAAUGUCAAUCAUUUAAGUCCGUCAGAAAUGUUACUUAUCUUAGGAUUAAAGAUCAAUCUCCAAUGUCUAGUCAAACCUUUAUUCUCCAAGGAGAUAAAGAUCACUUGUAUAUGCCUAGUCAGAAAUACUACAAGUGUUCUGUCCAUAUGCUAUGGUUUACCAUAAAUUGAGAGAAAAUAUCACAAUAACGAUAAAUAUCUUAAUUAUUGCUUUAUUUUAGUUUGCUACGCUACAAUAAGUAGACUUCUAAAACAAUGGACAUGCGCAUUCAUUUCGCAAUAACAUACAAAACCACAGUAAGCACUCUAAAGACACAAUAUAUCUAAUACUACAGUUUACAGGGACAAAAACUCUUCGCUGGGCUUAAAAGGAGUCACAUCUUUUGUAGUGGACAUGUACAAACCAGUCACUUUUUGUUUUGUUAGCGACCUUUAAGUUUCAUAAUAUUGUAAAAAUAAGGAAAUGCUGUUCAAUACUAUAAAAAUGAGAACAUAAUUGAACUUAGGUAAGGCAGUGGUUCGGCUGUGUAUCUGAACUCUGCCUACAAACCUACCACAUGCAACUGAGGUAGAAGCGACAACAAAAACUUGUUUACAAAAAUGAUAUUUAAGUGAGCACAAUAGACAUAAUAAACAUGGUAUAUUUUGAAACAAUAAUUUGCAUUCUUUUCAUUUCUCAAAAUGGAAGCUUUUGUGUUUGUUUUUCAAAACUUAUAAUUUCUCCAUCUGGAGCACACUUAGCAUGAAGGGGGACAACUCUUACAUUAUAACCUUUUAAAAUAAAUAAUGAAACUGGAUAAACGAAUCAAAAUGGAAUCCGAAUCUUUAUAGAACUUUAAAAUAAUUUUAAAGCUAUUGAGUUGAACCCCUUUCUUUCUCAUCAAAUGAAUAUGGCACUUAUUCCAAGCAACUGACUUAUCCACCUUGGCAAGUGGUUCUCCACUGAGCAACAGUGGCUCUCCACCUUAGCAACAGUGGCUCUCCACCUUAGCAACAGUGGCUCUCUACCUUAGCGAUAGUGGCUCUCCACUAAGCAACAGUGGCUCUCAACAGUACACGAUAUGUUACAUCAACAUAUAUAAUCUGAUAACAAAUUCUCAAAAAUACUAUAACUUUAUACACAUGUAUGGAAUGUAUUGGAGAUGGACAAAAUUUCCUCGUAGAGAUAAUAAAUAGUACACUAAUAAUAUGCCAAAACAUGUAUGGAAAGAGAGAAACUUCCUAAGGCAAAGAUAACUGUACUCUGGUCCCAGGACCGCCACAUACCAACACAAGGUUUGCAUAUACUAAACAUCAAGACAUGCGAGUUCAUGGCAUAGUUCAAUCAUUUAGCUUUCUUCAUAUUCAAAUAGCUCAGGCACCAAUUACAUAUUACAUCAAUUAGUAUUCUAAAACCAGUUCAGUGAUGUUUUUUUGUCAAUUUUAUCUUUUGGACAAAAUAAAGACCAAUAAUAUCAAUUUGUUUUCAUAAAAAUAUAAUUAUUUCAUUAUUUUACAGGUUUGGUAGUUGUCAUAAACACUUGCUUAAAAGGUUAAAACUUCUCACUAAAUCGAGUUAAAUUGUCUUAGAUGGUGUUAUUAUCCUUCAAGCCAAACAUCUGUUAGCAAACUGUCUGAUGCAGAAUAUACAAAUCAGUCUUCAUUUCAGGAAACAGUAUCUUUUUAUACACUACCUAGUAUACUACGCAUUUAAUAAACAAAUUGCAAGACUUUGUUGCAUAACAACAGGUUUACAAACAGGUUGGAAGAACAAAGGAAUGUCAGGUUUCCUAUCUGAUCAGGAAACUGAUAAUUAUCCAACUGUAAAUCAUAACGUAACUAAGGGCAUUAUAAACAAAUAUCUGCUUGUAAAAAAGCCAGCUGACAGCAAACAAUUUGUAUCUUAAUAUUGAACACAUACAUAAAAUGGCAGUAAAAGAUAAAUUUGUGACUAAAGUUUGGUCACAAAAAAAAAAAAGAAAAAAAAAAAAGAAUUAUGCCAG